AUGCUUAAAGUUUUUGGAUCCUUACUAUUCCUAUUCCUUGGUCUAUGCCUUGCGGAUGUGUUCGAGGAAUGUAAUGACGGAAUUAACUUAUCAUUCAUUACCUCACCAAAGAGUUGCGCCCAUUACAUUUUCUGCAAUGGCGAUGAAUCAUACGAUGGUGAAUGUGAGGACGGCGAAUAUUUCAGCUCCGAUAUGGAAAUGUGUGAGCCAAUGGGAGAUAUUGAUUGCCGUACGGGACAAGCCAUAAAAGAGAACUCUACGGAAGUCAAUUCUGAAGCUCCUGAAGCUUCCGGUGAUUCGUCGUCAACUGCUGCAGUGGUGAACUCCACUUUGGCUCCCACCUCGGCAAUUGUUACUGUGCGUCCCUCAAGUAAUGAGACUGGAACCACUCCUGCGACAGUAAUAUCGCCCAGUAUAGACGUUAUUGUAGCCAAUAUGUGUCCACAACUGGAUAAUCAAACCCGUAUCGUAUUAUUGCCAAAUCAGAACUCCUGCUCUGAUUAUUAUAUUUGUUAUCGCGGCGAGUCGCUACCCAUGAGCUGUGCUGCCAGUUUGCAUUUUAAUUCCCGCUCUGGCAAAUGCGAUCAUCCGGAAAAUGUCAAAUGCAUGACGAUGACAUCUAAUCCAAGAGAGCAAUGCAAGCGUCACACCAUAGAUGUCUAUCCCCAUUCGGACAAUUGUAAUUACUUCUAUCAGUGUCGUCUUGGGUAUUUGAUAGUGCAGCAAUGCCCGUUCUUCUACGGAUGGGACUAUGAGAAGCGAUCCUGUGUAGCGCUAAGUCAGGCUAAAUGCUAUAACAAAGUGCAAAUGCAAAUGAAAAUAAAAUAA